CAAGGAUCUGAAAGUAAACUUCACUAUAUCUUGCAGUUCAGGAAAAGAGGUAACAUGAAGAGUUGCCUUUUUCUUCAUGCAUUUUGGCUUUAAGUGAGGAACCUUUCAGUUACAUAACGCUGACUGGCUGAUGUGCGCGUUUUCCAGAUAGCAGACCCAUUUUUAAAACCAACACUUCGCACUUUUACAUUAUCGAUCCGUUAACUAACAAACUCGGAGGUGAAACGGAGGCUUUUUUACUGUGAUCUGGUGGUGUUGUUCUGGGUGAAGCUGCGGUGGUGGAGCUGCAGACUGGAGCGAAAGCGCUGCGGGACUAUGAGAGGAAAAAAGAGGGAGAGAACAUGGAGGGACUUUUGCGCAUUACUGUUGCGCAUACCCGGAAAAACACACACUGACCACGUGGGUUUGAGACGUAGUGAGGUUUCCACCGUACAGGACGAAGAUUUGACACAGAACACUAUAGAAUAUUAUAGAAGGGGUCACAGGUUCAUGUUGGGUCAUGAGCCGUCGGGCUGGACGAACCGCGAGGAAGAGGAGGAAAAAAUGUGAAAACAUUGUCCAGUCGGUCUCUCUGUGUCACCAGCUGACGUAUGUGAGGCUGAUGAAGUUUCUUCACAGACGAGGAUUCACCUCAACACUGCUGCAGCCAGCCCUCUUCACUGACACAGGCCGAGGACUGCAGACUCUCAAAACUAUAAAGCCUGGCCAGCUGGUAAUCUCUCUGCCAGAGUCCUGUCUCCUCACAACCUCAACUGUUCUGAACAGCUACCUGGGACAGUACAUCAAGAGCUGGAAAUACCGUCUCUCUCCCCUGUUGGUGCUCUGUGUGUUCCUGGUGUGUGAGCAGCACCGGGGAGACACCUCUGACUGGUUCCCUUACAUCGACGCGCUGCCCGCCAAUUACACCUGCCCCGCCUAUUUCACUGAUGAUGUCAUGGCUGUUCUGCCAACCAGUUUGCGGAGGCGGGCCUUAGAGCAGAGGGAGGCGGUGCGAGAAAUCCAUUCCUCCAAUCAGGACUUUUUCAGAUCCCUUCAGCUGAUCCUGAGUCAGCCUGUGGAGGAAGUGUUGACUUAUGAAGCAUUAAGGUGGGCAUGGUGUAGUGUCAACACACGCUCUGUCUUCAUGUCCCACCCAUCCAACAGCUUCCUGUCUGGACAGGAUGUUUAUGCUUUAGCUCCUUUCCUGGACCUGCUCAACCACCAACCUGACGUGGAGGUGAAAGCAAGAUUCAAUGACGUGACGAGAUGUUACGAAAUCAGGAGCGUUUCCGGGACGCUGCGCUACCAGCAGGCCUUCAUAAACUACGGUUCCCAUGAUAACCAGCGCCUGUUGUUAGAGUACGGCUUUGUCGCCCCCGGCAACCCCCACAGUGUGGUGUAUGUAGACACAGAUCUCCUUUGUGACGUUUUAAGAGGCGACAGAUGCUUGAACCAGAAGAUCAGGUUCCUCAAGGAGAACAGCCUCCUUCAUAAUCUCACAGUGUCCAGCGAAGGCCCCAGCUGGAGGCUGAUGACGGCUCUCAGAUUGUUGUCCAUGCCACAAACACUGUAUCACCAGUGGAAGGCAGUGUUGCUUGGCCAGGCAGUGUGUGAAGAGAGGGAGGAGUGGAGCGUUCAGACAGCAAAGACUCUCUGUCAGCAACUAUUAAAGGACACACACACAGCUCUGGAUAAGAUCUCCGACCUCCUGCAGCAGAGUGACCAGUCAGCCAGGGAGCAGUUACAUGUGGUCAGAUCACUGCGACAGGAGGAGAGUUGCAUCCUGGGAUGCUGUCUCGAGGUGCUGCAAGGUAUGAUGAGGCAACCAGAUGAACUGUUGUCAUCGCAACCUGACGUUGACACUGUGAGCUGACAUCUGCUUAGUGGUCUCUACAAGAAGCAAGGUACUGAACUGCUGGACAGUCUCCAUGUUCUUGUUCUGCUUGUCGACCUGUAUGACUGACAAAGGCAGCAGGAUUGCUGGACGUCCUGUAACAAGGUUUUAUUCCACGUAAGCUGAAAGAGCAUCCGCCCUCAGCAAAGUAGUGAGGCUCACUACCAUCAUUUGAUUCAUAUUCAGUUCACUAAAAUUACUCUUGUACACUUCUGGACUCAUGUACAACAGAUUUGUGAGGAAAAUAACACAGUGACAGAUCUGUCAGAAAAAUACGUUUUUCUGAAUGAGAGAAAUCUUCAGGUCUCAGUCAUGUUGUUGUAUUUAUUAUUUAUUUUCGGCUUAAAUGGCACAGUACAGUAAAAAAAAAAACUCUUAUUUUCAUUCAAGAGUUGGAUUUUGUUCAAGUAAUUUCAACUUUAACAAUACACACACAAUACACAUUUUAUGACAGCAACAUAAAUUGCAGUUCCUGUUUAUAUUGUGGUUUGGAUGAUUUAAAAACAUAAACUUUUGAUUUAUUUACUCAUUAAAUCACCAGAAUUGCUGUCAUUUUUUUUAAUGAAAUGUAUUUUCUGAGUCAAACAAAGGUUUAUGGAUUCUCAAAGGAAUGUAUUAUGAAACAAACACUGACCGCAGAGGCUUUCAUGUGGGUUGCAGUCUCACAUAAAAUCACACAUAUUCAGAGUCCAGAUGUAAAUGUGGCCAAACGUGUCUGUAUUUGGAGAAGACCCACUGGCUCAGUGGUUAGAACGGUUUCCUCAAAACAAGAAGACAUUUUUUAAAGACAAACAUGUCCAGAGACUCUAAUUAUAGGUGUUAAUAUUCGUGUCUGUUUCUCAGUGUUAGCCUUGUUACAGAGAGCCAACAGGCUCUGUGUCUUCCAUACGAUGCGUGUUGUGAUAAAAACAAGUAAGUUAACAAGUAAAAACAAUAACUGUAAGUGUUCACUUGCUGCAUUGAACAGUUUGACUGCAAAAAGAACUGAUGCUGCUGAAUUGUGGGAUGCGUUGUCUUACAUCCCAGCAGAAUGUGGUUAUUUCGGUCAGAGCUGAACAACAGCUUUCUUCUUCUGGUGACGUUGGACGGUCUCCAUGGCAACUGUGGCUUCGUAGAGAGGGACUGCCUCCUCAGGCUGAGGUCUGGAGAAGCAGGUUGGAACCAGGCAGACAGAUUGGAUUUUAUUCAGUUAUGAUGAUGAUUAGAUUAGAAUUGUGUAUAACCAAAUUUAGGAUGAUUUGAUUAUAGUGUGCGCAUCUUGAAACAAGCGAGCCGUAAAUCCUUAUAUUGUGCUGGCAGUUUUUGUGGGAGGUAACAUGACAGUGAAGAGUAAAAAAACAUCUGCAGUUACUCUAAACUCAGCUGUGAAUUGUGAUAAGUCUCAAAACCUGAACAUAGGCAACAGAUAGUAAAGAGCUGUGACACUUAAAAUAUAGCCUUUACCCUAUGUUGCCUUAUUUUUCUUUCAGGUCAGCUGGAAAAAUUAAAAUGACCAGAAAACAUGUUGUGAUAAUGACCCAAAACAUUCGAAGAAAAGAAAUAGUCCCCAGACUUAACCCCCACGGAGCUGGUUUGGGAUGAACUGCACAGAAGGGGAAAGUAAAGCCACAUGAGUGGCAACUUCUGAACCACUUUUGAUUUCCAUUGUAGGAAGAAUGUGACUGACCUCACAACCCCACUGAAUGGUGAUGUCUUUUGACUUACCUGAGUACUCCAGCUGACAUCUUCUCCACUAUGUCCUUUAGAAUAUCUGUGAAACGCUGUUAAAGACUCAUAAAAACCUUAAAGAAGACAGCGUAUGUCCCCAAUCAUGUGGCACGCAGUAUGUUUUAAAUUUCACACUGUGAGCAGAGGAUACGGAGGUAUCUUCCUUGCUGAGCUGAUGACGCUGUCCAGACUUCAGGAUUGAGGAAAGAUACAGAGGCUGAUUUUAAAUGCAAUAAUCUGCAGUCUGGAGGAUCCAACUGUAACAAUACGAAUACACAGAAAGGAGAUAAAACUGCUGUUAAAACAGGCAGACUGACCAGGUUUACCUUCACUUUUAAUAUCAAGUUUACCUGCAGGUCUUGGUGGGAUGUGACCCAGUGCCCCCCCACCCCCAGCACACUGAUGAUGUCGUGUUUGUGUGGGAAAAGUUUCGUCUCCUCUGAUUCCUCCACUUCCUGCAGACGAACUACACACACAGAAACACACAAACACACAGUGACAUGAUCAUAGAUCAACCCAAAGAUCUCUGACAGAUGUGAUCUCCAUGUUUACAAUCACACACUCAUCCAGUGUUUUUACCUCCAGAGUCUAUAGCUAUAUCCACUCCCAGUCCUCCUGUCUCCUCCAAAACCUGUGGCAGCAGGUCCGAUGAGCCAUUAUAGGCUUUAAUAACCCUGGCUUCAUACACAAAGACACAGCCACAUGAUGUCACUGUAGUUCUUAAUACAUGUCAAACUGAAAAACUGACAAAUGAAGAAAAUGUAAAAAAAAAAAAAAAAAAAAUUAAGGAGGCAAGUAAGUCAGUCAGUCAGUCUGAAAGACAGAAA